UCAGUUCCGCGUUGCCUCUGUGCUGCAGGAGCUGAAUGAAGUUGACAGGCAGCCAGUGUUUCGUGUUAAGCCUUUACGGUGGCGUUAAACAGCGGCUCUGAAUACAUUCCGGUGUACCUUAUUUCUCACCAUGCUGACACGGAUGAGAUCCGCCGUUUCCAACAUGAUCGGCGGCAUCAUGGCUUCUAGUGGUAGUGGUGGUGGUGGUGGUGGUGGUGCAAACCAGGAGAAUGAGAACGACGUCGGAACAAAUCUGCCGCUGAGAUUCCCGUACUCUCGACCCGAUUUCCUCGAGCUGUGUGCGGAUGAGCUGCAGUGUGCCACGGAUCACAUCGCCAGGCCGAUCCUGAACGUCAAGGAGAGCAACCGUCUGCUAUGGUCCACUGGCUAUGCAGAGGUGAUUAAUGCUGGUAAGAGUGCUCUGAAUGAAGACCAGGCUUGUUGUGAGGUGGUGGAGCUGAGGAAAAGACCUGCUGAUCCCGCCAGUCCAAGCUACACUCCCACCAGCAGGAGGCGAGCUUCACUACCAACCAGAGAAUCUCUGGAGUCUACAGAGGAUUCUCUCAUUCAGGAGAGCUCACAUGAAGAGGAAGAGCUGUAUUUCCACUACUGGGCACUUUUUGAUGGACAUGCUGGGUCGGGUGCUGCCGUCUUUGCGUCCAAGCUCCUGCAUCUGCACAUUGAGGAGCAACUGCAAAGUGUGCUGGAAAUCCUGCAGAAGCCUUCAUUGCAGCCCCCUACAUGUCUGGGUGAAGAGAGCAGCUUUCAUGUUCGCCCAUCAGCCUCAUCCCAGCGAGCGUUGUCCAGAGCCGCAUCACUGAGGGGUGCCGCGGGAGCACCAGGUUCACCCAACACGCUAACUCCACGCUUCUUCAUGGAGAAAAAAGUGAAGCAGGAGAGCUUGGUGGUCGGUGCAAUUGAGAAUGCUUUCAAAGAGAUGGACAAACAUAUUGGCAGAGAGAGAAGUGUGUAUGAUAUCUCUGGAGGGUGUACAGCUUUAGUGGCGAUGUGCUUGUUGGGGAAGCUUUAUGUGGCCAAUGCAGGAGACAGCAGGGCCAUAAUUCUGCGAAGUGGGGAAAUCGUCCCAAUGUCAAGUGCCUUCACUCCGGAGUCAGAGAGACAGAGACUUCAGUGUUUGGCUUAUAUGCAGCCUCACUUGUUGGGAAAUGAGUUCACGCACUUAGAGUUCCCAAGAACUGUUUGCAAGAAGGAGGUGGGGAAAAGAAUGCUGUACAGAGACUACAGCAUGAAAGGCUGGGCAUAUAAAACUCUGCAGGAGGAGGACCUGAGGUUUCCACUGGUUUUUGGAGAAGGGAAGAAGGCCCGAGUGAUGGCUACUAUUGGAGUUACCAGAGGAUUUGGUGAUCAUGAUCUAAAGGUUCAUGGCACGGGCAUCUCCAUUAAACCUUUUCUCUCUUGCAGUCCAGAGGUGCGAGUGUACAACUUGGAGCAGUUUGAGCAUGGGGCUGACGAUGUCAUGAUUUUGGCUACGGAUGGCUUAUGGGAUGUUCUCUCCAACAAGGAAGUGGCUGAGGCAGUUACUAGUUUCCUUGGAAACUGUGACCCUGACAACCAUUACAGGUAUACACUGGCAGCUCAGGAGUUGGUGAUGAAAGCUAGAGGUGUACUUACUGAACAAGGCUGGAGGACACCGAUUGGUAGACUGGGUUCUGGUGAUGACAUAUCUGUUUACAUCAUUCCUCUAAUGUUCGGAAACAGACAGUCACAGUCAAGGUGACCCACAGAAAGUCCUGGAUCAAAGAACAUUUAAAUGAGGAGGUUUAAACCAUGUACAGGAUUUCAGUGGCAGAAUUUUGACUUACGACUGAAUGACAGGAGUUUACAUUUGAUUAAACAUAAUUUGAUGAAACAACACAGACACCAGUUGUCCAUGUGCUACAGAAAUCAAGGACCGGAUGUUAACAAUUGUUCAAGUCUUCCACUUGCCUUCUGUUUAUAAAUUGUCUUAACAGAGGUGAUUGUUUAAAUUUUUUUUUCUCUUGUCCAUUCUGUGAAUGGAAAUGAAAGUGAAUCCUUGGAAUGGAUAAUUUGGUUUUAUUGUGCAUAUGUGAAUUAACACCAUUAGAAUAGUAUUUGAAAAAACUGCCUUUCCAUGGUGCUCUCUGACAUACCCUCCGAGGCUCGAUUUCUCAGUAUGUUUUACAGUAGCGCAAAACUAAAAAAAAGCAUUUUUGUACUUACAAUAUAGGGAGCAUGAAUGACCUCUAUAGCUAAAAAGGAUUUUUUUUCUUUGUAAAUGACAUGACAUUAAAUUGUUAAGGGACUGAAUCUA